AUGGAAAACGUUGAUUUAAGUGCUGCAGAAGACACUGAUGGUGAUGUUCUUUUUUAUUCUCUAUAUUUACAACUAUGAGGAUAAGUGAAUUUUUCACAAAAUCACACAUAAUUAGAAGACAUAUCUUGUAGUCUUCAGGGUUAUUUUUUUAAUUUUGUGUUUUGAACACAUAAUUUUAAACUGCAUUUUUGUACUCCUUGGCUCUUUUCUUCAUGAAGUCACAUGAAUCCAAUGUGAAUUCCAUGUUGGGCCAAUAUUAUUUUCUUCUUUUAUGUCCAGUGUUAACAGUUAAUAUUAAUAGUCAGUCGGGCAAAAUGCCAUCUAAGAAUUAUAUAAUAUUGAAUAGGAUUCUACAAGUCCUAUAUUGGCAACUAAUAAACCUAUUUAUUUUGCAUGAUAUUGUAAUUGAAUUUUGUUGUUUAAUUAUCAUUGAUGAUAAAACUUUUGUCCUUUUCUUAGAUCAUCCAGAGAAAAAUCCUAAUGUGAAGCCUAGUCAAUGCGGUCUUCCAAUGAAAGAUCCUUCCACAAGCCAAGAAUCAGAAAAAGUAGUCAAGCCAAAACUAAAAUUAGAUCAUCCAGGGAAAAAUCGUAAUGUGAAGCCUAGUCAAUGUGGUCUUCCCAUGAAAGAUCCUUCCACAAGCCAAGAAUCAGAGAAAGUAGUCAAGUCAAAACAAAAAUUAGAAGUUAUGGGAAAAGUUGAUUUAAGUGCUGCAGAAAACACUGAUGAUGGUUCAAACUGGGAUUCUACAAGUACUUCUGAGACACAUAAGACUCACAGAAGUUCCAAGAAUUUAAACUUACAAAGGAGUGAUGUUGGCAAAUCCUUGCUCAGGACUCUAAAUAAGUUAGGUUCCACAAGAGCUGCAGCUGGAAGUGGGCCUGAAGUAGAAAAUCCAGGCCCCCAGAAGCAAUGUGAACCUCUUCUAGAAAAAGAAGCCCAAACACAUCAUCCAGGGAAAAAUCGUAAUGUGAAGCCUAGUCAAUGUGGUCUUCCAAUGAAAGAUCCUUCCACAAGCCAAGAAUCAGAGAAAGUAGUCAAGACAAAACGAAAAUUAGCUUUUAUGGAAAAAGUUGAUUUACCUGCUGCAGAAAACACUGAUGAUGGUUCAAACUGGGAUUCUACAAGUACUUCUGAGAUACAUAAGAGUCACAGAAGUUCCAAGAUUUUAAACUUACAAAGGAGUGAUGUUGGCAAAUCCUUGCUCAGGACUCUAAAUAAGUUAGGUUCCACAAGAGUUGCAGCUGGAAGUGGGCCCGAAGUAGAAAAUCCAGGCCCCCAGAAGCAAUGUGAACCUCCUCUAGAAAAAGAAGCCCAAAAACGUAAGAAAGAUAUAGGGUUAAUACUCUGA